UCUGCACUACCUGCAGUUGUUACUGUAGGUGCUCUGGGAUACACAUUAUCUACACCAAACUUCUAUUGGCUCUUCUUCGAAAACACAUUUGCAUAAGAGUCAAUUACUUGAAAGGCUUAUCUUAAAUACACCAGUGACACAAAAGGACACAGACUGAUGAUUUGAUCGCUGCCCAUUUGAUUUCGUGGGGAUGGGGGAAAAAGCGCACUAUUGACCACUUUGGAUUGGACUGAUCCCACCACCAAACCUGUCACUGGACGUCGAGAAGUGUUUUUUUUUCUACAAGCGCGCACACACACCUGACGCUUCUUCAGAUCCUGCGCGUCUCGCCCCCGGUUGAUGCCGAGGAUCAUGACAAUGAACGGUGACCACCAGUCGGUUGCCACCGCGCCGCUGGAUCUGCGCACCACUAACCGAGAGCGUGGGAGCGCCGGGUCGAGGUCUCCGGACUGCAAAGGUCGCACCAAAGACGCCCGAGGGACAGAGGGCUCAGCUGCAACCCCAGCGUGCACAGAGAAAGACAGGUUGGAAAUACACUGCCCCUCGGCCAGGAGCGCACCGGGCACAGACACCGGUGCUUCGCGCAAACGGCCAGCGGACAAAUCUUCCUGCAGGCUGCCGUUUAGGAAACGCCCGAUUCAUGUAGAGCCGGAGCCGGAGACCCAAACGCCAAAGUCACCGGUUUCACCAGUGUUAAGCGGAGAUCGCGUUUCCCCUGCGGUACACACGGACUUGACAUUACGAGAGGGUUUCGCCGGUCGACUGGAAAGAUCCGCGAGUGAAAGCAGGGUCGACGCAGCACCGGUGACUCUCAGGCGGGUUGAAGAGGCAGGACACAGUCCAGAUGGAUAUCCCAUGCGCUUCCUGCCCCAGUUUGAUUACGGUCCAUACCCAGUGUACUGUUUACCCCACGUCCCAGAGUUGAACCACCCUCUUGCCCACCAAGCCGAAAGCCUGCUGACUGGUAUUGCUCUGGCUACUCGUCAAGAUGAAGACGGAGACACAGCUCUCCACAUAGCAGUGGUACACGAGGAGUUGGCCCUCGUCUGCAAACUGAUCCAACUCCUGCUGUUGGCUCGCAGAGGCCUUGAUGUCUACAACAACCUCCGUCAGACUCCUCUUCAUCUGGCAGUGAUCACCCUUCAGGCAAACAUGGUGGAGGCUUUAUUGAGAGACGGGGCCGACCCUGCUGCCUUAGACCGUAACGGCCAAACGGCGCUCCACCUCUGCUGCGAAUAUGACCAGCCUCACUGUCUGUCUGUUGUGCUUUCUCACUCCCAAUCCUCCACAUGCUUGGAGAGCAGAAACUAUGAGGGUUUGAGCCCUCUCCAUCUGGCGGUGCUGCGUGGCCAUAUAGAUUUGGCCAGAAUGCUGCUGGAUGCAGGAGCUGACAUCAAUGCUAUGGACAUCAAGAGUGGCCAGAGUCCUCUCAUGCACGCAGUGGAGAGCAACAACGCAGACAUGGUCCACUUCCUCAUUGAGAGAGGCUGUGAUGUCAACAGCCAGUCAUACAGUAGGAACACAGCCCUGCACAGCGCCUGUGGCCGAGGUCAGGUGGACACAGUGCGGCUGCUGCUGAAGAGUGGAGCUGACAGCAGCCUCAAGAACUACCACAAUGACACCCCUGUGAUGGUGGCCAAGAACAAGAAAAUAGCAGAUGUGUUACGAGGGAGAGGCUCCAAUCAGAUCAGAGUUCAAGAUCAACACUGUGUGUCUGUCUCACCACACGGGAGCAACUUUACAGAUAAUGGGUCCCCAUCGCCUAACCACAGUCGUGGUUGUUCACCGUUGACUACACCACACACCCCUCAUCAUAGCGCCUCCCAUUCUCCAAAUACUCCAUCUACGCUUGUAUUUCCAUUUUACUAGCUCAAAGUUACUGUUGAGUCCAAUUUGCAACUACCUCCACACAGAUGACCAAAAAAGAGACUUCAAUGCCCACAAGGACACCCAAAAGAAGGUUCAGCUAAUGGGAUGAUAAACCAGCAAAAGACUGCACCUGAAAUGAAUCUUCCCUACAAACUGGCCUUCUUUUCUUGGACUCCAUGCAGAAAGAUGCAUCCCUCCUUGGGUUUAGGUGUCUAAACAGAGUGCCUGCCUGCUAUUUCCCUGCUCAUUCAGCUGCUCACUGGGACUAAACUAGCAACUGACAAGCUACUGCUAGAGUUCUCCAUGAAGCAAUAGAAAUGUGCCACUACUGUACAUGCAAUCGAGGCUGAACAUAAAGGACUGUUCUUUGAAACCGCUCGGAGAUGUCAGUAAAUGAUGGACAUGGGUUUAAGCUCAGUGAACUCUGAGUCUCUUUUUUAAAUGUCAUUUUGCAUUUACUUUUUAUUUUAUUUUAUUUUUAUACAUGACAGGAAAUGAAGGGCACCAAAUGUAAAUUUUUUGACAUCUUAAAGUCUUUUAAAAUUCCAGUCUGCUGGACAAUGUAACUUGACCUGCUUCAUAUUGCACAGUUAAUGUUCUUCUUUGUGCUAUUUUUAAUAAUAUAUGUCCACAGUACCUUUCAGUGUGUGUGUGUGUGUGUGUGUGUGUGUGUGUGUGUGUGUGUGUG